CACGUCAACAUUUUUGGCGGCCAUCUUGAAUGAGUGGACAAACUCAGCAGAGACCAUCUAAAGAAAUUGUAACAUGGGGGCAGGCCAAUCUGCAGAAAUCCCAGGCGGUGGAUCCGAAGGAUAUCAUGUAUUAAGGGUUCAAGAAAAUUCUCCCGGAUAUAAAGCAGGAUUGGAGCCUUUCUUUGAUUUUAUAAUCUCGAUAGAAAAUACACGACUGGAUCAAGAUAAUGAAACAUUGAAGGAAAUCCUCAAGUCUAAUGCAGAAAAACCUGUAAAGAUGCUUGUUUUUAGUAGCAAAACAUGCAAAGUUAGAGAGGUUAGCAUCACUCCAAGCAGUAUGUGGGGUGGACAAGGUCUCCUAGGUGUUAGUAUUCGUUUUUGUUCCUUUGAAGGAGCUAAUGAAAAUGUAUGGCAUGUUUUGGAAGUUCAACCAAACUCGCCUGCUGAUAUCGCUGGAUUGCGUUCAAAUACAGACUACAUCAUUGGAGCUGAUUCAGUUCUACAUGAGUCUGAAGACCUGUUCCAACUUAUAGAAUCUCAUGAAGGGAAACUACUUAAGUUGUACGUCUACAAUUCUGAAACAGAUGGUUGUAGAGAGAUAACCAUCACACCAAACCAAAAUUGGGGUGGUGAGGGAAGUAUGGGUUGUGGCAUAGGAUACGGCUAUCUUCACAGAAUACCUAUCAAAGAUCCUCCUGAUAUGCCCCUACAAGCUAAAUCAUCAUCUCCUGCUCCUGAUGGCUUCUCUGAUGUUCCUCUCAGUGGGCCCACUUCUGUGCCUCUUGUUGCAGCUUCAACAUCAACAGUUUCACCAAUACAAACAGCAGGUUUGGAGUCAGGAAUGACUUCCUUGAAUCUCAACACAACUGCAGCAUCGCCAGCCAUAAACCCAUUCAGCCCAAGUUUUCCAACCACAUCCCCUGUUCCAGCUGCUACAUAUCCAGUAGCUACUCCUUUGGUAGCACCUGGAGGUGCCCCACCGACAGUUCCCUCGUUCUCACCCCAAGUCCAGGGUACACCGGUGAUAGGGGGCAUGACCCCACCUCUCCUCUCAGUGGCCCCAAUGAAUACGCCGGCUGCCUCAGCAACACCAGCUGGAAGUUCUGCAGUCACUGUGACGGCCACAGCAACGCCACUUAUGACCGACAUCACUGCAGGAGCAAUGCCUGCCCCCUUAAUACCCACGACAAGUCCAUCAUUGCCAAGUGAUGAUGUCUCUGCAACUUUUCAACCGACACCACCACCGUCCCAACCAAUUGCUACAUCAUAAAGCAUAAUACCUCAGGAGUAAUAACAGACAAUAGAUACACUAGAAAUAAGAUUAUAUUAUCAUACAACAGUGUAUGUGCAAACCAAGAGGGACACAAGUUAAGAAAAAAAGUUCAAAAAAUUCUUGUGGAUAUUGCAUGGCUUUGCAGUGUUAUUGCAGUCUAACCUUCUAAGAUAAAACUUGUGUCUAAAUCUUACUUAUUUAGCUUUAAAUGUUGAAGGCCUGUUUCCAGGUAAUGACUUACUGUCAUUUAACAGCUCAAUGACAAAUUUGUUAUCUCAUAACUGGUUAUUUUUUUCAGUCUCAUUUUAUUUGUGAAGGUGGUGGAUAGGGUAACCAAGACAAAAAUGUGUUGCCCAUUGAUCAGGCGAAGGUAUUAUAACUCUUUCAUUUGGGGAAGGCAAUACUUCUGACUGUUUUUCCUGGUAUGCAACAUUUUCUUUUUUGCAGUUGUGUCUUUAAUUUUUGGGAUCUGUCUCGUUUUCUCAUUAGAACAGCCUGAAUAAAACCACUGUGAACACUUUGGACAGCUUUAGACUUUGGUGACUUUGGUCACCCAAAAAUUUUGCCUUUUUUGUCUUGAGGUGCACUAGGAAGUGUGUUUUGACUGCAGACAAACUGGUGCACCUCUGAGACACCAAAAAAUGCUCUCAUGAUCUCUAUAAUGAUAACUUGCCAAGAAGUACAGAGGAAAAACAAUUCAGUGCUGUGGAAGUUUUCUGUAAAUCUUACCGUGCAAAGCACCUACUCUGCGAGAAUGUUAGUGAUACGCGAGCGACAGAGCAAAUGAGAGAAAGAGUAAACGUCUUAAUCCCCGGCGCAUAGGUUAAAUCAAGCGCGUAACACCCCUCUUAAAGGAAUCUGUCAAUCACAGUUACACACUGAAACUUUGUUCCCCGUUCAGUGUGUGGUUAACUUUAUUCUCUGCUUUUUCACUUGUGUCUCAUCUGUCUUGUUUAUGUAAUGUUCAUUUAAAUUCUGUUCGUAAGAAUACAAUAUUUCCUAAGAAUUUAAAAGUCAGUUUUUUUGUCCAAAAGAGUGACCCAACUAAAUUUAUCGAAAUUGCACGUUCAAGAGGUAGAAGGUUGACGAAGACUUAUCUCAGGGAAAGUGUAAUAAAUGGCGAGGAGUUGCCACAAGAGAGCGCAAACACAAAUAAAGCUGAAAAAUUCCCUUUA